UUCUGUCUGACUGGACAGUCAGCACGCACACACACUCACACACACUCACAGGAUGGCGGCCGUCUCUCCUCCAACGCUUCAGACCUUCACGUCCCUCCUCUUCCUCCUGUCAGGAGGACCGUUUUCAUCCGUUUCCUGUUUUAAGGUGAUGGAAGGGGGCGUGGCCUCUCUGUCCUGUCAGUACUCUGUGCAGCGUUUCGGUCUCAGUCGGGUCUGCUGGGGUCGCGGCUGCGGGACGUUCUGGUGCAGCAACAUCCUGGUGCAGACAGACGAGAACGGCGUCAUCACCAAGGUGGAGGACCGGUACCGCCUGACGGGGGACGUCAUGGACGGACAGAUGGACCUGGACAUCCUGAAUGUGAGGCGGACGGACAGCGGGCCGUACUGCUGCAGGGUGGACAUCGACGGGCUCUUCAACGACCAGAAGAUGAUCAUGAACCUUAGAGUGGUCAAAGCUCCAGUCUCAGUCCUCGUCACCAGCCCUCCCCGUCCAACCACAACAUCGACGAGCGCAACAACAGAGGUCACGACCGAACGAGUAACAGAGUCGCCCACCUCCACAGUGAACUGGAAAACUCUGCUGUCGUCUCAGCUGGACCUUCUGAGGAGAAACUCCACCCUGCUGCACUCCGACACCCUCACUGUGGAGGACCCUCUGCCCUCGCUCUCCCUUCAAAUCAACGUUCCCGUCCUCUCGCUCUCCAUCAGCGUGUUGAUGAUCCUGGCUGCAGUCUUCCUCUUCCUGGCCUUCAGACGUGGAAUUUACAGAAGAGCAUUGAAGCCCAGCUGCUUCUCCUCUGAAGAACCUCCUCACAUCAUCUAUGAGAUCCGCAUGAGGAGGCCAGUGCAGGAGAACAUCUACACGCUGGACUGACCAGACCAGCACCACACUGUGGAGCAGCUGCAUUAGCGGUGAAACAGGGAAGAAGCUGAUUUUGUUUACACUGUUAUUAAAAAAUAUUCAGAGAUCCUGUCUGUGAAGAGCUCAUCAGCCUGACUGAUGACUGAGUCUGGAGUAAAGUCUCAGCUGGUUUUAUUAUGAUGAUUUCUACAUUGAUUUCUGGAGGUUUUUAGUCUCUUUUCUGUUCUUGCUUUGUCCUCCGGGUUAUCUUUGCUGAUUGUUCACGUCUGCUCCACUUCCUGUCUUUUCACAAAGUUUAAACUCCCAUCCAGAAAGAGUCCCGAGGCUCAUAUGCGUGCAAUUUGGGGGCUUGAAUCUCAGUGGUUUUCAUUAUGUGGCAUUCAUAAUCUGCAGUGAUGGGAAGUUCAAUAAUCAAGCUGCAUGCCUGCCUAAAAUAAUCUAUUUCUGUUCUUUGAUAUCCUGGUUGUUAUUCCUCAGUAGGUUUCUGUUCACAAAGGGCCAAUAAAACCCUGUCCAAACUAGGGAUGGCACGAUACCACUUUUUUAUGUCCGAUACCGAUACCGAUAUUUUAAAUUUGGCUAUCGCCGAUACCGAUACAAAUCCGAU